UUUUGCCGUUUUUAUAGAUAAUGGUAAGGAAGGUGGUUUUGAGCUGUCUGUGGGGCUAGGUUAGUUUGUGUGUAUUUGUCUUAUUAUUUUAUUUAUUUAAUAUGAAACUAGUGUACAUUACAUCUGCUUUUCAGAAUCCAUCGCCCUCCGACACCAUGGUAGCAAGCCCCAUCUACGAAAUGGAAGCCUUAGAUGAGUUGUAUGAGGUUCCAUUAGUAACCCAAGCUCCUGCCGUAUCUUCUACAAAUAAAGUCAAGUCGUGCUGUAAUAUAAAUAAAGAACUCUCAAAAAGAAAUUAUUUGCUAGAAAAGUCAGUAAAUCGAGUACAAAAAGUAGCAGAUCGACGCAUUUUAACAAUUAAAGCUUUGAGAGCCCAACUUAGAAGACUCAGAAAAAGUAAAGAACGUGAAGGCGAGAAGUUGAACGAGUUAUUACAAAAAGAAAAAGAUGACAAUGAAUACAUUACUGUUAUGAAGUGUUUAAGAAACAAGCCUUUACUUGAUCAUUUUAUUUCUUCCGCGAGAGGAAAGAAGCCAAAAUCUUACAACGCUGGUCUGAAGAAAUACGCCAUGACACUUCAUCUAAUUUCACCGCGUGCAUAUAAUUUCGUGAGAGAGGAAUUCGACCUAGUUUUACCUCACCCAAAAACCGUAGCCAAAUGGUGCCGAAAAGUGUAUAAUCCUGAUCUAAUUGUAGAAGAAACGAAAUACGAUCCCGGUUUAACGAGAGACGAAUACGAAGCCAUCAAGGAGAGGGUUAAAAAAAAUAACGCCCAACCUAUACAGUUAGUUCUCAUGGAUUAAAUGGCAUAAACCCUUGGCCAGCGCCCGAAGUGGCCAGGUUAGCGCUCACACACAGAACAAUACUAUACACUGUUGUACAGUGUAUGUCCGACCGUACGGUAUCAACGGCGCCCUCAAGAGGAAAGCGCACUCUGGAAGUCGGGCUUGGCCCGACCUUACAUUGAGCUGUAUGUCAGAAACCUUCGCAAACAAUUUGUACAUUUUCGGGUAGUUAUAAUAUUUAAUGAGUAACUGACCAAAUAAAAAACCUGGAUCUGUCACUGAACAUCCUGACAUUAACCGACAUUAUUUGAUCAUUUUAUGUUUUUUUCUACCCUCAACUGGCUAAAGGAGCUAUUUGAGGGUAGAUUUUUUUUACUUUUACUUAAAUACCUAAAGAUACAGAGUAUAGGUACAAUAUUUUGUUCUGAAUUAAAUUUAGUAGAAAAAUAUAGAACAGGCUUUUUGUUGAUUUGUGAUUAAAUUCAACAGAAAAUAGCCAAUGGCGAGACGAAAUGCUUAAAUUACAUGUAACUUGGCAUGAACAUCUACUUAACAUAUUUUCCAUUUGCAUAACAUAGUCAUAGGGUUUUUUUUUUUCAUCGUCAAAAACAAAACGGAACAAAUGAUGAAUUUACGAUAUUUUUAUACAAAUUACUCAAAAUUAUGAUACAUCAAACGUCCAAGAGAGGCGUGACUUUUGUGUUUCAACUUCAACACAGAAAAAUAGUACAAGUGUCUAAAUGCGAAGGCCGAGCUCCGCGUCGGGCCGAGGCUCCAACACAGAACAGUCGUACAAGUGUCUAUAACUCUGUAACACCAUGGCGUUUUCAAUUUUUUUUCGUUAUUACAAAUCAGACUCAUAUAGCCGUAGGUGAGAUGAAUAAUCAAUCAAAUGGAACAAUUUUAGUUACCCUAAAUUGCACUAAUGCGCUUAAUAAUCAAAAAGUCAACAA